UAUCAAGCUUAAAAGUGGUCUCGUUCUCUGUGUGGCAUAUUAAAUAGUAUGUGUGUUAAUGGAAAUAGCACAAAAAUCGGAAUUUAACGAUCGUGUUUCACAGUUGUCAAUACUUAGUGAAUAAUGUCAGAAUUAAUGUCAAUAUGAAUGUGCCAUGCGUAGUAGUGAUUCUGUUAGUUUGCUUCAAAGGAGUUUUAGGCAAUCAUUGUGGCAAUAUCAAUUAUUCACAACCAGCUUUCAAAGGGAGAAAUGUUACAAUAUUCUACAAGCCAAUCGAAUUCUCGGUUUCUGAAAAACCUACAUUUUUCUACAUAAGGGGAAAUAAUUGGACACUUCUUUCAUCAACCAUUGUGUCAAAUUCAACGUCGGGUGUCUUUACUACGGUGUUUGACACAAAUCUUUCGAAUGUUGGACAACUAUAUGCAAAAUUUGGUUCUUGCUACAGUGAAACAAUUAUUCUCAUCUUACAAGACCUUUCUGGGGGAUGUGGAUAUAUUUAUCUUCGAACACCGAAUCCUGUUCUGGGCAAAAAAGUUGAAAUAGGAUAUUAUCCUGCCCCGGCGGUGAUUGGGCUCACUGGUGAAUACAGUCGUGAGUGGUAUAAUGAAUCAUCAAGAUCUUCAAUGACGUUGAUAGAGGGUCUUUUGACUGAGGAAGAAUUAUCCAAUAAAGAAUUUGUUCUGACUAUUUAUAACGCCACUCGGUGGACGACGGGAAGCUAUAGUGUGAAAUGUACGGAAAGUACCACCAACAGGCUUUUUACCGAACGUCUCUAUGUUAAGGUGACAGUUCCGCCUGGCCAGCCAUUUCUUCAGUCACCAAAUAUCGUCCAAGAAUGUCCCGAAUGCCUGGUUGGCAUCUUACAUGAAAAUCUCUACAACCAUGUGUUUUGCAAUACAUCUGGGGGCACGACACCCUCCAUAUAUGUCGGAGAUGAGGGAGGUACAGUGUAUAACGACACACAGUUCGGGAAUAUUUACAAAAUUUAUCGAAUUAUACGCGAAGAAGAUCAUAUGAAGACCGUAACAUGCAGUGUGUCGAACGCAGCGCUUGAAAAACCAUUAACAACGUCGGCUAAACUCUUCGUUGCACUAAAACCUGAGAUUCUAGUGCUUAACGUACCUAUUUUACGAGAUGGAAAUCCUGCAAAUAUCACGUGCAUUUCAAGAGGAGGGAGACCCGCCACAAACUUAAGUUUCUGGUUGGAUGGAGCGAACUAUUCAGUAAACAAUGUAAAGACUUACGAAAACUCGACAAGAACAUAUUCAACAAUUUUAACUUUUAACAACCCUGCCAGAAAAGAUUGGAAUAGAAAGUUAGUGUCUUGCGUAUCACGUUCACCCUUUUUUGGGGAAACAGCGACACACCGAAAGACAAUAAAUUGCAAAUAUCCUCCAACGAUGCUGACAAUGAAUGCACCAAGUAUACCAAGCUAUUUGCAUGACAGCUUUACUCUCAAGUUCAUUUGCUUAACGGACACAUACAAUGACAUUUGCUUGAUAUCCUGGACCAAAGAUGGCCAACUACUAAGCGCAAACGGAGAGGUGACAAACAAAAUACCCGGCUCAGCUGUAAUGGAGUUUGCGGAUGUCAAGAAAGAAAACAAUGGUCAAACUAUUACCUGCAGCGUCAAUUGCUCCAACUUUGAUGUUCAACUAUCCAAGUCGCAUACUUUACAAGUACCAUAUACACCGAGUGUUCAAUUGUCGGUUAAAGACGAAGUAUUGCUAAAUGCUCAUGACACUACCAGCGUAACAUGCACGGCAAAGAGCCUACCACUUUCAAAUAUUGUCUGGUCGGUAAACGGAGAGACUCAACUCCUUGUUUGCAAUAAGUCACAGGAAUGUGUGAUGAAAACUAGCCCGAUAAAAACAAAGGAACACCGAAACUACACAUGCACAGCUUAUUUCGAACUAGGAAAUUAUAACACAAGUGCGAACAGUUCAUUUCUAGCAAUUGGAGGAGCUUCGACACAAAAACCAUAUGAAAUUCCGAAUGAAAGUGAGGAUGCGUCAUUGACCAACAGUAACGAUAUACCAACAGUGUGGAUUGUCAUUGGGUUGAGCGUUAUUAUUGCGAUUUUCAUUAUUUCAACGGUCAUUGUAUUGGCCAGAAAACGGUUUUUAAAGAAGAAUCAACACGUAAAUUCAAGUGAACCUCAGCCUGUCCAACAUUCCAACGUGCAGGAAAAUGAAACAGUAGGAAUGAACGAAGAGGUUACGUACGCCCAAGUAAACAAAAUCAGGACAAAUAGGACAGAAACAGUGGAGCCCAAAACGAAGGAUUCAGAUAUGAACCUGGUUUAUGCAGAUAUAGACAUCGAACAUUUGGAGACAGCCAGCAAACCACCUUCGAGACAGAGGCCGCCAAGUCCGACAGAAUAUGCUGACGUUGAUUUUAUCAGAACAAAACGUGGAUCAAACAGUGACAAUAUUAUAACCUAAUGUCAGAGAAGAUAAAAACUCUACAUACGUGCACCGCAUAAGUUGAGUUCUAAAGUUAUCAAAUAUAAAACAUUUCUAAAGAAUAAAAAUCUUAAUUGAUUUAAGUCAUAAAUCAAUCUGAGAAAUGGCAUUAACAUAUUAUUUACAUCCGAUAAAACAUAACGACAUGUCCAGGGAGUUCCAGCGAUAUCAGUCCCACUGAUAGCAAUCUAUUAAGAAUUUUGAGAUUUCCAAGCAAAUAAUAUGUAUAUACAUGAUUAUACUAAUUUACUUUAGCUCGAUUGUAAAGACGUUGCUUGUUUAAUUUGUAAAAAGUAUUCAGUUUUGGUGUAUCUUAAUCAAACUUAUAAAGUAGCUAACUACUG